CAUUGCGCAGAUCUCCAGCGGACCGUUCCUGGCACAGAUGUUGGCGCCUCAUUCCUACUCUGACUCCGCUGGAUCUGACUCGGGAGCGCUCAGUGGAUCCACAAGAUGCGCACUCCAGGCAGGGAGGAGCUUCGGGAAUUUCACACCACUUGUUCCACGCCACUCUUGAGUGAAGACUCGUUUCCCAAAGUAGAUAUUGCGGCGAAAGGUGUUGGUGCAGCCUCAGUAUUGUGGACCUUCCAGUAAAAAUGAGCCCACUUGACACAUCCAACGCCACAGCAGAAGUGGAGCCUAGCGAAAGUGAUCUGUCGUUUUUGUUCAACGACAGCUCUGAUUCAUACCAGCCCGGUUUCAGCUCUGAUGUCACCAAGCACCUUGGAGUCCAAAUCACUCUAAUAAUGGCUUAUUCCUUAAUAAUCCUGCUGGGGCUGCUGGGCAAUUCCCUCGUCAUCUACAUGAUUAUUCGCUACAGAAACAUGCGGACAGUGACCAACUACUUCAUAGCCAACCUGGCUUUGGCAGACCUUCUGAUGGUCACUCUAUGCCUGCCCUUUACUCUGAUUUACACUCUGCUGGAUGAAUGGAAGUUUGGUGCCGUGUUGUGCCACAUGGUCCCGUUUGCCCAAGCUCUGAGUGUUCAUGUGUCCAUCCUGACCCUGACUGUCAUAGCUCUGGAGCGUUACCGCUGCAUUGUCUUCCACCUUGGUCGACGGCUGACCUGGCAUUCCAGCCUCUUCAUCAUGGCAUUCACCUGGACUAUUUCUUCUGUCCUGGCAGCUCCUCUUGCUAUCUUCAGGGAAUAUCGCUAUGAAGAGAUUCCUCCUAUCAAUCUGCGCAUGCCUGUCUGCUCUGAGAAGUGGCCCCAUGGCAUCAACAGGGAUGGAGUCAUCUACAGUCUCUCAAUGAUCCUACUAUUGUACAUUCUUCCUUUAGCAAUCAUUAGUUAUGCAUACAUAUGCAUUUGGGUCAAACUGAAAAACCAUGUCAGUCCGUCCAGCCGUAACGACAGCAUCAACCGACGCAAGAAAACCACAAAGAUGCUAGCACUGGUAGUAGUGGUAUUUGCAACUAGUUGGCUGCCUUUACAUGUGCUCCAGCUGGCCACUGAUCUGGACUUGGUGCUCCGGUUUGAGGAGUAUAAGCUCAUCUUCACAGUGUUUCACAUCGUGGCUAUGUGCCCUACCUUCACCAACCCUCUCCUCUAUGGAUGGAUGAAUAAAAACUACAGGAAUGGCUUCAUAAUGGUGUUCCGUUGCGAGGACAAGGCAGAUACUUUCCACCCAGAUGGGUCGUUCAGGACACGCUCUGUAAGAGGGCCCACUCUGAACGGUCGUAACAGCAGACACCCUACUACUGCUGUAUGAGAUUUGUCUUGUUUAAAAGCAGAAUUUUAGCACAUUAGCUAGACCUCUGCUUUAAGGGGUGUGUGGUUCUCAAGAAGCAUUUUGACUUAAAAGAACUGACCUAUGGGUGUAUUUCAAUUGUAUCUAUCCUGAAGCUUUCCGCUCUUUGUUGGUUUUCAAGAACCUUGAAAACCAUUUGUCCACAAAAGUUCAAAGUACAGGUACCUUAGGUACAUACAGUAUGUGUCACUUACUUCUGGUCAAUACUGAACUGCUGAGGUGUUGCUGCUGCUGACAGUGUCUUAAAAGUAAAAAAUAAAGCAAAACAAAACUACAUGUUCUUUUAUGCUUUUGGUCUAGUGUUUCCAGCUGAAUAAAUUCCAGCUGGAAAAAUUUGUUAUUGUUUGCAAAUGCAACAUUUAGGUAUAGCUAUUUGCACAACUAUGAUAAGAUUAGGAGAUGGUUUUCUAAAUGAUACCAAUAAAGCAUAAUUUUCUGACUAUUUUAACACUGGGUACAUUAUAAAACAGCAUUAAGAUAACUACCAAGUAUGUGAAAUCCUUAAGCUGCUAUCACGUUAUUUUCUAUUUUGCCAUGUGUGCUGGGCCUUAAAAAUGAGUUUCAUAAAACUAAGCAGGAUAAAAAGGAAUCAUUUUGGAAACAUCAAAUCAUAUCACAGUUUUGAUGGGUGUUUGUCACUUUUGACAUGUUCCCACUUUACAUAAUGCAUAUAAAUUGGGAUUACAUGGAGCAGUAUUAUGUAAUAUCUACUUUUUUAGCUUUAUAUCAUGUUAUAAUGUUAUUUCCUCAUCAAAACCAUGCCUGGAGUGUUGCUUUGAUUCUUUCAUGCAUGCUUGAGAAAUCAUUUGAUCUUGUUUUGCACAACCAUUCAGUUGUACAAAACUCUUGGUGGGACUGAUCUUCUUUGAGGAUGAAGCUCCCCCUCAGAGCUGCAGUUUCCACGCUGCAGAGCCUCUUCCUCACAGAUCUCUGCAACUUCCUCACUCAGCUCCUUCAGACUAGUCAGCAGCAAUUAGCCAACGCCUGGUGGAACUGUGCAUCUGCUGAUCUCAUUAUACCCGCUACUUCUCAAUGGUUGCAUUGUUGCUCAAGGGUCUAUAGAGGAGUGAUGUUGUGAUGACUUCCUGAAAGUUGAGUGCUGGAAAGAGUGGGACAUUCAGCCUGCCGUAGCUAAUGAUCAUGUUAUGUUACUUAAUAUUUUUCACUGAUUACUUCAUUUAUCUAUAUUCAAGUGUUCAGUGUCAACAAAUUUUGAACACUUCAACGUUUUUAACCAAGGCUUGUUUACAAUGUCUUUCUCCAGUUGGGCUUUUGGUUAAACAUACAAUGUUUUUUAUAUUAACUAUCCUACAGUAUUAAAUGCAAGGACAAGUAGUGAUGCUGGAAAGUGAUUUACCUAAGACAGUAUGUAAUCCUACCCCAAUAAAACACUUGGCAGAUAAGCAACAAUGUGACAAAGGUGUUAGUGCCUAACGCAAUGCAGUGUUCUCGCUAUCAUACUUACCUAUUCAGAAAUGGCUAACAACCUAUCAAAGCUCCACCCUUUUGAGGGUAUUUCCAAAAGUGCUACCUCCCUACCCUGGACCCUGCAGCUUAAAUGAGAGGGGACAAGAGAUAAUAACACCUCUGCAUAGAGACAAUGGUUGACACAAGGCAUUGGUCACUAAAGAGGGCCCAAUGCUUUGCAUGCAAAUCUCUUUAUAAGGCUCUUUGUUGAAUUGUGAGUGGUACUUGUAAGGUACAUAUCUAAUUUAUUCAAAUAUGUAUCUAAAAUGUUUACCUAUGUCUUAUGUAAACAUGUUCCACUGUAUGUACAUAAUUCUUGUUGCUAAAUAAUGUUCAACUUUGCAGGAUAUUUUCUAGUGAGAAAGCAGAGAUUUAUGUGACAGUGAAUGUAGACUUCUCAUGAUACUUCGGUAAUUGUUUUAUCAUUCAUUCAAAUCCUCUAAUAUGGAAAAAUAGAAGUUAAUUGUUCUCACCUGGCCACCAGCUGUUCUUGAUUAGACAGAGCAGCAGGACUAUGUGUCCAGAAGAAUGGGACUGGAAACCGGUGACCUGUGUGACGCCAGGGCAGCACACUGUUGAUGUCAUCAUUACAGAAACUUGUUCAAGGGGAUGUAAAAAGAACAUGCAAUUCUGUGUUCAUUACGCUGCUGCUAAAGUGACCUUUCUGUUGAUCGUAUUUAAUAAAUGUGGGGACAUGAAUCAACAACGAGGCCUCAGGGUACAGGUUUCAAUCCUGGACCUGAUACAUUACAGCUGCUGUUUCUAGAAAGACAACUUAUUGUUUGUUCCUCUGUGUCAAAUAAAGAGAUAUUGGUUGUGUA